AUGAAGCCAACAAUCCUCUCUUAUGUUGCCUUCCUUCUCGUCCUCAUCUUCGCUACACAAUCAAUCCCCCCUACCACUGGCGCUGACAAUUUCGUAUAUGAUGUUAAAGGGAAUAAGGUGUCGAAUGAUGCUCCCUACUCCAUUGGUCCAGUGAUCUGGGCUAAGGGUGGCGGAAUCAAGUUAACCGACACAAAGAACACUAAGAAAAUGUGCCCAUUAUAUGUGGUGCAGGACCCCGCCGAGGUUAACAAAGGUGACCAGUUUACAUUUACCCUCAUCGGCAAACAAAAGUAUCUCCUAACGUCACGCAUUCUUAGUAUUGGCUCGUGUAACAUGUCAACAUAUUGGCAAAUCAACGAUCCUGAAGCAAAGGCACCUUCUAAUUUGGUUACGACUGGCGGAUACUUUGACACAGCCGCUACAUGUUUUCAGGUUGUGGAUUAUCCUAAGCCAACAAGUCCGAAAAUGCAUAGCUACAUGCUUCAAUAUUGUCCAUGGAUGUGCGGUGCAGGUCCUCGCAGUUGCUUUAACAUAAGCAGUUACGAAGAUAAAGGUGUUAGGUAUCUUGCUUCCAGUGGUACUCCUUUUGAGUUUGUGUUUCAAAAGGCUAAGUAA